CUUCUUAUACUGCUAGUCUUUUCUAUCUCCCCAUGUUAGUGGGGUUAUCUUUGUAUUCUUGCUUAGGAAUAAGGAAAGGAUACUCUUUUAUGAGGGAGGAGAGCUAAGCUGUAAGCUUUUAGGUGGAUCCUAAUAAAAUGGUUCACGGGGGCAAACUAAGAGCUUUCCAUUCCCCUGGGGAAGAGGAUACUGGAGAAGCCAGCCAAAACCAGCAGUGUGGUAGACCACAGCUAGCUAGAUCCCAGAGAAGAAGGUGUAAACAGGCAACCUCAGAGUUGCAAAGAGGAGGCCAAACCAGUGUCAUGCAAGUUUACAGAUUUAGGAGUCGUGCUCCAUUUACCAGUGUGCACUGCAAUGGUAAAGUCUCUUUGAGGCUCCCUAGGACUCCUGAACUCACAGAGGUUGAAGAGAUUAUGGGAAUGCUGGCUAGGUCUGCCAGCUACUGGCAGCAGCAAGAACUUGCUCGAUGUUGGAUCAAAGACUGUACUGAGCUGACUUGCUCAGCAGCAGGUCAUCCUUCUAGAAAACAUCUGUUGUACCACCACCUUCCAGUUGUGGAAGCUGGCUUGAUCUACUGGAUGAGAAAGGAAUUAAUCUCAAUGGAUGAAGUCAAUGAUGGCACCAUCAGGGACACUGGGACAUCCAGCUCCCAGGGAAAUGUUACAAAUAAUGAUGUUCCCAGGAGUUUUGCAGAGGAGUAUUCAUUGGUUCCCUUAAACACACUACAGAAAUAUUCUGCUCAGAGUUUUGAUCGGCAAGUAGAAAACUAUUUUGCACAACUCUGAGCUUCAGGAUAGAUGUUAGGAAUUUAGGAGGCAAAUCUGUUGAAGGUGUAAAAGCCAGUCUUCAUGUGCACAAUUUAUAGCAAUGCAGGCUUAAGCAUACAGUAAAGCCACAAAGGUUUGUACAGGGUAAGGCCCAGUAUUUGCCCUUAGAUUGACAGACAGCUAGAAAGAUAAAACUGAAAUGCAAGUAGCUCCUUCAUAUGUGUUGCUGUCUUCCUUGGGAAUUUAAAAACCUGUAAUAAUCAUAAGGCAUUAAAAAUGGAAAGAUAUCUUAGUCUAAGCUAAUGUAAUGACUAUCCCUUUUGCAAUUGUAAGGGAUAUACCAAGAAAUAUGGUUGUGUUUUGUCUCUUUCUCAGCAGUGCAGUCUCUUCUUUUUGAAGGAUAUUUGAAAUUCAAAGACCUCAUAUGCCAGUAUUUCCUCUCACUAAGUGCUUUAAUUUACUCUAUAGAGGCCUAGAGGGUUUAGUACUUUUUGUGUUGUUUUUUUUCCCUU